AUGCCGAAGAGAAGAGAUAUUCUAGCCAUUGUGUUGAUCGUGUUACCCUGGACUCUGCUCAUCACUGUUUGGCACCAAAGCGCUAUUGCUCCUCUACUCGCCAUUCACAAGGAUAAUGGUGGUGAGGGAAAGAAGGAGGCAGGUGGCCAGGCGCAGGACUCCAAGGAAUACUGUACCUCGGAUAAGGACAUUGUGGAGGUUGUGAGGACAGAGUAUGUGUACACGCGACCGCCACCCUGGUCCGAUGUGCUUCCGACCAUCCACAUCAUCACCCCCACGUACAGCCGGCCAGUGCAGAAGGCUGAGUUGACACGGCUGGCCAACACUUUCCUCCACGUGCCCAACCUGCACUGGAUUCUGGUAGAGGACUCCCAGAGACGAACGGCUCUGGUCACGCGGCUCCUCCGGGAAACGGGGCUCAACUACACCCACCUCAAUGUGGAGACACCCCGGAACUAUAAGCUGCGGGGUGAUACUCGGGACCCCCGUAUCCCAAGAGGCACCAUGCAGAGAAAUCUCGCCUUGCGCUGGCUGAGGGAGACCAUCAAUGCCAACAGCAGCCAGGCGGGGAUCGUCUAUUUUGCUGAUGAUGACAACACAUACAGCCUGGAGCUGUUUGAGGAGAUGAGAUCAACGCGGAAGGUCUCCGUGUGGCCUGUGGCCUUUGUGGGUGGUUUGCGCUACGAGUCACCCAAGGUCAACGCAGCUGGAAAGGUCUAUGGCUGGAAGACGGUGUUCGACCCCCACAGACCCUUUGCCAUUGACAUGGCCGGCUUUGCCAUCAAUUUGAGGCUGAUUCUCUUUAAGCCACAGGCCUACUUUAAGCUACGGGGGGUCAAGGGGGGCUACCAGGAAAGCAGUUUGCUCCGGGAGCUUGUCACACUGAAUGAUCUAGAGCCGAAAGCCGCAAAUUGCACUAAGAUACUCGUUUGGCACACGAGAACUGAAAAACCCGUCCUUGUUAACGAGGGAAAGAAAGGAUUCACAGACCCCAAUGUGGAGAUUUGA